AUGAACAACAAUACAAUCCUUUCCUACCCAUCAAUCGUAUGCGCAAGCCAUGAACCUGCUGAAUCCAUACGUCCAUUCGAUUCAUCAUCUUAUCACAAUUAUUCUUCACAUUCAAUGACAUACGCGGAGUAUCCACUAUCAACAUCCAAAUCAGAAACAAUAGAAUAUACUUGCUGGCCAACCAUUCCUACACAUAAUAUUUUGAACAAUUCCUCGCACACAGUUCUUGAUCAAGUUUCACCCCCGCUAUCAUCACAUCCAACGCAUGAUACACUCGGAUCCGUUUCAUCUGUACAUUUACUUCAAAAUACUUUACCAACUACCAUUUCUUCAAUACAACAUCAUCAACCUCUGUACCCACAACCAUCAGCAUCACCUCCAUCAACAUGGAUCGGUUCAGGUGAUUAUCAAGCAUUACAUUCGACGGCAAUAACAACUCCACCAUCAUAUCGUCACUAUUCCACGCCGUGUUCAUAUUAUCAUCCACAGUAUUUUUAUGACCAACCGCCAUCACAAUGGAUAUCGCCUGCAUCAGUAAAGUUUGAACCAUCUUAUACACCUCCGCCUUCCUACAUCGAGUCGUCGGAAAGUUUAAGUCAUUGUCGGGAACAGACAUCGAAAGAAGAAGCAUGUGAAUCUCGACAGCAAUCGACAUGGACAAAGAAAGACAUUUCACCAACACACCUCAAUCCGGUUCCACCAAGAAAUCUAUUGAACGGUAAUCAAUUGACCUUUCGAAGUAAAACACGCACACGCGAUAAAUAUCGUAUUGUUUAUACUGAUCAACAACGUUAUGAAUUAGAAAAUGAAUUCAUCAUAUCGAAGUAUAUAUCUAUUCCAAGAAAAUCAGCCCUCUCAUUAACAUUAUCAUUAAGCGAACGACAGAUAAAAAUUUGGUUUCAGAAUCGUCGUGCAAAAGAACGUAAAUUAAAUAAAAAACGACACGGUCCUUCGAGUUCAAACCAACUAAACAAUUCUAACGAUGCUGAUUCGCGAAGUGAUGGUGGUCUCGAAAGUCCAAAUUGUUAUCCAAAUUAUACCUAA